UGGACCAGACGCUCAGCUCUUGAACCCGAGUGGACAUCUGUGCUUCUUCUCUCCCCUGCCUUCUAACAGUGUUUUUGGACCUGUGUGUUUCCAUCCCACUGCAGUCAGCAUGUCAGAGCCCCAGACGCCAGCAGAGAGACGCCAGCGCCUGCAGGUGAGCUCCCGCGGCCGCAGCAUUGCGCCCACCUCCAACGCCGAGAGCGAGGACGUGCCCGAGUUUGAGUCCUUCAUGGGACCACUGACCCCCCGCGGAACUGGAUUCCUGUCUGAGUUCCUGGACAUCUGGGACCUGGACCUCCUGAAGGACGUCCGUGACAUAAACAAGCAGCAGCACAACACGGCCAUCUAUUCCAACGACAACCUGAUUGUGCGCCGUGGACAGGAGUUCCAGAUCAAGAUCACCUUCAACCGCGCCUACCGCCCUGCCGAUGACCAGUUCGCCGUUGAGUUUGUACUUGGGAGCAGUCCGCAGUCCAGCAAGGGCACAUACAUACCUGUGUUCCCCAGCGAGGAGCGGAACACCUCAUGGAAGGGCCGUGUGGUGGAUACUGCUGACAACAUCCUCACCAUGGGCAUCACCCCCACAGCAGACAGCAUUGUGGGAAAGUAUCGUCUGUAUGUUGCAGUACUGACGCCCUUUGGCAUCCGGAGGACCAGGAGGGACCCAAACCUCGAUAUCUAUGUGCUGUUCAAUCCCUGGGCAAAAGAGGACUCUGUGUUUCUGGAGGACGAAGCAGAACGAGAGGAGUGUGUGAUGAACGACGUGGGUAUCAUUUACCACGGGGCCUAUGAUGACAUAUCUGAAAGAAACUGGAGCUUUGGCCAGUUUGAGUUUGGCAUCCUGGAUGCCUGCCUGUUCAUCAUGGAUAAAGGGGCGCUGCCAAUCACCAACCGCGGAGACCCAGUCAAGAUCGCCAGGAAGGCAUCUGCCAUGCUGAACUGCCGGGAUGAUGACGGGGUGCUGGUGGGCAACUGGAGUGGGGACUACAUGUAUGGCGUGGCCCCCACCUCCUGGACUGGUAGCGUGGAAAUCUUCCUCAACUACGCAAACGGGGGGUUGCCCGUCUGCUAUGCCCAGUGCUGGGUGUACGCUGCCAUCUUCAACACCUUCCUGCGCUGCCUGGGGAUUCCUGCCAGGGUGGUGACCAACUACUUCUCUGCCCAUGACAACGAUGGCAACCUGAAGAUGGACAUCAUCCUGGAUGAGAAUGGAAAGGUGGACAGGGAGCGCACCAAAGACUCCAUCUGGAACUACCACUGCUGGAAUGAAUGCUUCAUGUCCCGGCCUGACCUCCCUGAUGGCUUUGGGGGCUGGCAGGUGGUGGAUGCCACACCUCAGGAGACUAGUGAUGGCAUGUACAGGUGUGGUCCUGCGUCAGUGCAUGCCAUAAAACAUGGCUUGAUCUGCUACCCAUUUGACUCCUCAUUCGUGUUUGCAGAGGUGAACAGUGAUGUGGUGUUCUACCAGCGGAACCGUGAUGGAUCCUUGGUGCCGGUGCGAAAGAACACGAAGCACGUAGGCCGUCUGGUUCUGACUAAGGCUCUCGGCAGUAAUGGGCGACGUGAAAUCACUGACGCUUACAAGUUCCCAGAGGGCAGCGCUGAAGAGCGAACAGUGCUGGAGAAGGCAGAGCAGUACGGUUGCCAGCGGCAACGUGUGGAGCCUCCACCGGCAGACAUGGAGCUGAUUUUACCCGCCCUGGAGGUGAGAGUUGGGGACGACUUUGAGCUGACUUUGGAGCUAAAGAACCACAGUGAACAGCACCGCACGCUUGAUGUCUAUGUCAGCGGUUCCGUGGUGUUCUACACAGGAGUGCCAAGUGCUGAGGUCAUCUUCAAGAACCCCACCCUCAGUGUGGAACCACAGAGUGUGACGAGGAAGGUGAUUGAGGUCCAUGCUAAUGACUACAUGAUGAAGCUGGUGGAACAGGCCAACCUGCACUUCAUCGUCACUGGAAAGGCCAAGGAGACAGGCCAGAUCGUCACGGCGAUGCUCACCGUUGCCAUGCGCAAACCCAAACUCAUAGUGAAGGUCUCAGGCAGCCCCAGAGUGAGGGAGGAGAUGUUUGUGACUGUAGAGUUUACCAACGACUUUAAGUUUGACCUGAAGGAUGUAGAUGUGCGUGUGGAGGGGCCUGGAGUGAUGACGCCUCACCGCAAGAUCCACAGACUGAUUGCAGCUGGCACCACCAUGUCAUGGACCCAGAGCUUCUCACCAUGGAGGGUAGGACCAAGCAAGCUGGUGGCCAGCCUGGACUGUGCUGCUCUCAGACAGGUGUCUGGGGAUGCUGAUGUCACCAUUCAGAGUUAAAGAUAAAGAGAGGGAGGGGAAGAGGCUUAAGCGCCUGUCUACCAUAUAUAGACAACAGGAAAGUGUUUUGAAUUUAUAGAUCAUUUAGCCUUACUUUGUAUGUGCUCUACUAAAUCCCAAAUCAUAUAUAUGCCAUAGAGCCAAAGUAUAAUCAUUAAGGCCAACAGGUAGGAGUAAGGGCAUGUGGCCUGACUGAAGGCCUGUUCACACGACAAUGGUGAAAACAGAGUUUUUGCGAAAACUGAUACGUUUUGUUGCGUUCAGGGCUUGAAAACACAUACUUUUAAAAACGGGGACCAGAGUGGAGACGUUUGAAAAACAUCGUCUUGUGGACAGGCAAAGACUGAGCUUUUUGAGAAUGAUGACGACACACUUUAUCCAAUCAUGUUUCAUUCUCUGUGGAGCUUCAGUUUGAGCUUGACCCUCCAAAGCCUCCACCACGUUCUCAGUGGCCAUCUGAACACAAGAUCUAUUUUUGAUUGUCAGACAUAUCAUGAUUAUCAGCCAAUGUGUUCGAUUUAUACGAGAAUAUACUGUAAUAUAUGGGAAACAUUAGUGGCCAAAGCCUUUUCUGGGUUUGUUUGAUAUAAAGUGAAGCUAAAUGCUAGCAACCUUCAGCCGAGUAUGUUUACUUCACUGGGGAAAUUCUGUUCACCCAAACCACGUUUUGCUGAUUUAUAGGAUUUAUCUCCUCUUAAAGUGCCAUUGAUUUGAUCAUAAUGUUGUUUACCUGUAGGCUAUAACUUGCAGCGGAGGUUAUUCAGACAAUACUCGUUUUUGCAUUCCCGUGUGGACGUGGAUUAGUUCUCAAAGGUUUUUGAAAAAGACAAGGAAAAUGUUGCUUUCAAAACACUGUUGUCGUGUGGACAGGGUCUGAAACUCAUUCUUUAUAAAACUUUGCUUUUUGCUUACACUCUCCUUGACUGAGUUCACACCUCUCAUUCAUUCAAUAAAACCAAAGUUUAUAAAUCAGAUUUGGCAAGCAUUCAU